GCGACAACUAGGAGCACAUGCAUAAGAAACAGAAAGUUGCAACCUGGGAAUAUACAAAAUAGACCAUCCUAAAAGUUGGGAUCAAUGCCUUUUCAUAUUUUGGCUGUUUUGAGAUCAGAAGCCAAAUGUAAAAGUCGUUUAAACAAACACUCUAAUUAGCUGAUUAUCUGAUCAAAAGGCUAAGGGUAUGUUUGACACGACUAGCUGAAAAGAUACUUUUGAGAGUUUUUUAAUAACUUUUAGUUUUUAAUGACCGAAAAGAUCUUAAAAAGAAAAUGUGGUAGUUAUAUGAUAAAAUGUCAACUGUUUGAUUUAGUUUUAUUUGUUAUACAAGCUGUUAGGACAAAUUAAUACUAAAAGUCAUGGUCUUUUCUCAGAUGCUACUCCUCAUAGCAUCUCAAAAAGAAUCUUUUAUUUUUUGAAAAGCUCUUGAAAUUUUGUGUGCCAAACAUACAACUAAAAGUUGAUCAAAUCAAAAAUGGCUUAUAAGCCCGUAACCAAACACCCCACCUAAAUAAAAAGGAAAUUUGAACUUGGAAAUUUGACCAAAGGAAAAUAGUUAAUCGUAAAGAGGGUUCCCACUUCCCAGCAGUUCUAACGAGGUAGAAACCGAAAGCACCAACUUCGCAAUAUUUACUAGCAAUAAUCAUCAUAAUAACGGCUAUGUUUUUCAAAUACUUCAAACUGAAAGUUUCUAAUCCUCUCUUAAAUCGCAUAAACUCGUUUUACUCUCCAGAUAAUUAUUUGAUCACGGCAACAAACUGUUUACACGGCCAUAUAUAUCCUUCUGAAUUCAUCCAUCUGUAAGUAUUAUUAGUUUCUGGAAAUUUACUAUUUCUACUAAUAUUAUUAUUGUUAAUCAACCCAAAGCUUUUCAACAUUGCAGAUUCUUCAUCAUCAUCAACAAACUCUCCGUCGGGGAAAAAUGAAUGAUCUGAUGACUAAAUCUUUCUUGAACUACGUGGAACUGAAGAAACAAGCCCAAAUGGACGAUGAACCCGAAGAUCGGGACAUAGAAUUAGGCCACCUCAGCAAUGAAGAUUCAUACAGCCUCUCCCUGUUCUUCCAACAAGUUGAAGAAAUCAAGACAGACAUAAAAGGGAUCAAAGAUCUCUUCUCUGAUCUUCAAUCCCUAAACGAAGAAACCAAAACCACCCAUAGUGCCAAACUUUACCGCGGUUUGCGGGACAGGAUGGACUCGAACAUGGUCACCGUCCUCCGCAAGGCCAAAACUGUCAAAACGAAACUCCAGACACUCGACCAAUCAAACUCAGGUGCUCAAAAGGGGACCACGGCUGACAGAAUCAGACUUUCCACCACCCACGGGCUGAGAGUCAAGCUAAAGGACAUAAUGAAUGAUUUUCUUUCCUUAAGACGAAAGAUCAUCCUGGGUUACAAAGAAGACCUUAGAAGAAGGUACUAUAAUGCUACCGGGGAGUUUCCAAGUGAAGAAGUGAUCGAGAAGAUGGUCUUGGGAAGGGAAGAUGUUCAGAUUUUCGAGACGAAAGUGGAGAUGAAAGAGGAGAGCAAAGAGAGGCACGAGGGCGUGAUGGAUAUCCAGAGGAGUUUGGAUAAGCUUCAUCAGGUGUUUCUUGACAUGGCUGUCAUGGUUGAGGCUCAGGGUGAGCAGAUUGACAAUAUUGAGCGUAACGUUGCCACUGCUGGAAGCUACAUCAAUGGUGGAACCCAUAAUCUCUUCUAUGCUAAACAGAUGAAGCAGGGGGGAAGGAAGAUGUUGGUUUACUGGAUUUUCUCCGUGUUGGUUAUUGUCUUGCUGGUCUGCAUCAUCAGCCUGCUAAGCUCCUGAGAUGGGAGAAAAAAGUGAUCUUGAUUAUGGUUUCUUUUUCAGGCAAUAAAAGUUCAAAUUUGUUCUUUUAACAAGUUUUAGAGAGCUUGACACUUGAAAAGCAUUAUGCCCUUGUAACAAAUUCACCGGAUACUCAUACUUAUAUAGGAGACGGUUUGGUAGGCUUCAUUUUCAGUCUUUUUUUUUCACAGAACUGUAACAUAUUUUAUGGCGUUAGAUGAGCUCAGGACCGUCUAGAGAAAUUUUGAGACACUAGAGGCUCAAAUAGACACUUCAUUACGAUUUAAGUACAAAUUAGAGAUCAAUAUAUUGGUUUGGUUUAACAGAAUCGUACCAUUUUACCAUAUUAAAUUGAACCAUAUAAAUAUAUUUUUUUUAUUUGGUAGCAUGUCUUUCAAAAAAAGUAUUAAACCGAACUGAAUCGCAAUUGAGAAUAUUUGAAUAAAACUGAAUUGGAAUGGAGAUAAAUCUAAUAAAAUCGAACUCAACUAAAGACAUUCAAUAAAACUUUCAUAUAUUAAUAAAAAUAACAAAUCCAGACCGAAAUCGGAAUCAAACCGAAAUUAUAAACAUGUAAACAUGAUUUUAAAUAGGGAAAGUUCCCGAAAUAGGACUAAAACAGUUUAGAAAUUCCAAAAUAGGACUGUCAUAUUUUUUAUUUCCAAAAUAGGACUAAUUACUGUCAUGUUUAGAAAAUACUGUCAUGUUCGAAGUCUAGUACUGUCAAAACAUGACAGUAAUUAGUCGUAUUUUGGGAAUAAAAAACAUGACAGACCUAUUUUGGAAUUUUCAAACUGUUUUAGUCCUAUUUUGAGUAAUAUCUCUUUUAAAUAACAACUUAAUGUACAUAUAAAAAAUCAUCCCUACCCAAAUAUUUCAAACUUACAAAUCACCGAUUCCAACCAACUAUGUAAAGAUUUAUAAGUUUUAUUUUAUUCAAUCAUAAAAGUAGUUAUUACAAUCAAAUUAAUUUCUAAACUUUACAUAGAGUAUUUGAGAAAAUGAUAUUUUUAAUUACAAGAAUACAUUAAUUACGUUUUUUAAUUUUUGAUACAUACUAGUGACUAGCUACUAACAAGUUGAAAGAAACAACUAGAGAAGUACAUAAAGUAAUAACUAACCAAGUAAAGAACUAAGAUAACGUAUAGUAAGGAACAAGAGCCAUAGCCAAGGGCAAAAAUAAAAAAGAACUGUACGAAGCUUAGAAGAAUUAGAAGACUUCAAGAUUUGAAGAGCUGGAGGACCGAGUGUCGUAGGUUAAUUUCUACGCCUCUGCGUACUGUUCUGUGCUUAAUCGAGUGUCUAAGUCUGCGGGACUUCCAUCGGCCGAGUGUUAAUUGAGAGUAAUUGUAGAAGGUACUGAACCGUCUGAACGGGAAGACCUAAAAUUGAAUAGUUUGAAGUUUUGACGAUUGAUGUCUGCUCUGUCCAGUACACCCAGCCCCCGUCGAUUCAUGUCUCCGCGAUUAUUGACUUGGGAAUUGAAUUUACAACUUGGAUUUGAGAUUAAGUAUCCAUACACUCUAUAAUCUAUAUAAUACUAACAGGCUUGUCAAAUUUAGAGGCCCCUAAAAUUUGGGGGCUAGACGAUUGUUUAGGAAAACUGCCCCUAUGGCCGGCCCCGGAUGAGCUGGCUGAUAAUUAAAAAGGUGAAGAAGUUACUUUUCUUGGCUAG